AUGCUUGUUGCUGGUGUUCCCAAUGGCGGCUUCGCCUUUUCCAUCAUUAAUAUCAAAGAGCAAACGACAGGUCCUCUUCAUAGCGAUGAGUGGCUCGCCUAUUACUCACCUAACAUUCUUCAACAGUAUGUUCCUUUGAUCGGACCCAUGGCUGCUUAUGUUGGUACUCACUAUCACUGGAUUACUGUAUACACAAAUGUCUUCGCAUUAGUUGCCCAUAUUGGAGAAAGUCUCUAUGCUUUGUAUUUGUGCAUGAAGCUGAAGUUCAGCAAGCUUGCGUCGUUUGUCGUGCAGACUUCCUUCUAG